AUUAUAGAGGAUGUUGGUUGCAUUGAUUACAUCUAUGAUAUGUAUCGGCGCCUUUGCAAAAGAAGAUGUUUCAGAUCUUCCGAAUUAUUGCCCGAGGACCGAUAAUGAAUAUGGAUUUCCACCUAAAUUUGAUAAAGAUUUCAACAAAUUCAGAGUAUACUUUAAGAGAAAUUAUUACAGUUGUCUACAUCAUAAUCCUGAUUAUAUUUGCAAAUGUUAUGGAUUUCAGGAAAGUCUCUGUAUAAGUAGAUAUGUUUAUUGUCCACGGGUUAAAACAAUUCCUCAAGGAUGUCCUACAGGAAAUUUAUUAAAUUCGAACGGAAAAUUCUUACCGAUAAAGUUGUUAUAUGCUUUUAUCUGUUCAUAUUAUUUUCUGCAAAUUAUUCGAAUUGUUGUUUAUUAAUCGAACAAAUAGACCAAAAUUAUUAAUACAUUUUAUUAAAUCUUUGAUAUAUUUUUA